AAUAUGAAAGAGAAAGAGAUAGGAAAACAUUGAUAACAAAGUUAAUUGGUCAGUGCACAAAGGCUAGAAAAAUAAAGAAAUGAAAAUUGAUCAGUAACAUUCUGCCAUACAAAUUACAUUACAAAAUAGAACAAGUUAGAAUAUUUUAUAUAAAAAUUUGCCUAUUAAAGUUUCUAACGAUGAAAAAAAUUACAAUUUAUAAUUGUAGUAAGAUUACCUGAAAAACACGUUUAUGCUAUGAAUAUCUCACUUUAUCAAGUUUAAAAAAAUUAAAUGAGGAAAAAUAAAAAUCUACUGAUAUUGAAAUGAUAUUGAGUGUUACGUCAGCAAGUGAUAGAACGUCGACAUGUUCGUAAUAUAAUUUGAAAAAGCCACGUGUUUUCUUCAUUGCUAGAUUUUAUUAGUGGAUGAUAUAUUGUAAUUCUGUUUGAAGAAAGUUUGAAACAUUAAUAAUAUUUUAAUUGAAAAAUUAAUAAAAAUGUGUGGAAUCUGGGCUGCUUUUGGAAUUGAGGGAGAAACUUUGAACUGUGUUUGUAACAGUUUUAAUAAAAUUUCUCAUCGAGGUCCAGAUGCUAUUAGAAUUGAGUAUGAUGAUCGUGUUAAGAAUGGAUUUUUAGGGUUUCAUAGAUUGGCUAUUGUAGAUACGUUGUGUGGAAUGCAGCCUAUGAGAUUAUACGAAUAUCCAAAUAUUUUUUUACUGUGUAAUGGAGAACUUUACAACUACAAACACCUGAAAGAACAGUACAACUUUAACUAUGUAACAAAAUGUGAUAUAGAAAUAAUCAUUCAUUUAUACAAAAAUGUUGGAUAUAAGAAUGUUACCAAGGCUUUAGAUGGAGUAUUUGCUUUUUGUUUAACUGAUAUGGAGGAAAAAACAAUUCUCAUUGGAAGAGAUCCUUAUGGUGUAAGACCUCUCUUUAGAUUGUUAAGUAAAGAUGGACAAUUAGCUGUUUGUUCAGAAAGCAAGGGAUUAAUGAAUCUAAUAGAUCAAGUGACAGAUGAAUGGACAUUGAAGCCUUUUCCACCUGGACAUUAUGAAAAAUAUCAAAUUUUGCCAGAUGGAAAAGUUAAACUUGUAGAAACAGUUAACUAUUAUAAACCAGGUGAUAAACCAUCAUUCAUUCCACGUGUUCCAUGGCCUGAACUAGUUCCAUCCAAAGUAUCAGAAAAUAUCAGGAAAUUAUUAUCAGCAGCAGUAGAAAAGCGGUUAAUGGCUGAUAGGAGAAUAGGUUGUUUAUUAUCUGGAGGAUUAGACUCUAGCUUAGUAGCGGCAUUACUCGUGAAAUUUGCAAAGGAAUAUAAUUUGCCUUACAAAAUUCAAAGUUUUGCUAUUGGAAUGGGAGAUAGUCCAGACAUUCAAGCAGCUCGAGAAGUUGCUGACUAUAUUGGAACUGAUCAUCAUGAAGUUAUUUUUACUUCUGGAGAUGUUGCCAAUGUGCUAGAUGAAGUUAUUUACACCUUAGAAACAUUCGAUAUUACUACUAUUCGUGCAUCGAUCGGAAUGUAUAUUUUAGCACGAUAUAUUAAACGUAAUACAUCCACCACAGUAAUAUUCAGUGGUGAAGGAGCUGAUGAAGUAGCUCAAGGGUACAUAUAUUUUAGAGAUGCUCCCAAUGCUCAUGAUGCACAUGAAGAAUCCCUACGACUUCUUCAGGAUAUUUAUCUUUACGAUGGAUUGAGAGCUGAUCGGACUACAAGUGCUCAUAGCCUUGAACUUAGAGUACCGUUCUUAGAUCUUCAGUUUACUCAUUAUUAUUUAUCAUUGGAUCCUGAAUCUCGUCAACCACAAAAUGGUGUAGAAAAACAUUUAUUAAGAUCUGCCUUUGACGAUUCUAAAUUAUUGCCAAAUAAUAUUCUUUGGCGACACAAAGAGGCAUUUAGUGACGGAGUAGCAUCUAUAAAGAAAUCAUUGUUUGAGAUAAUACAAGAUAUCGUGGAAGAACGUGUUUCAAAUGAUAAUUUCGAAUCAGCUCCUAUUAAAUACCCUCAUUGUACUCCAAAAACUAAAGAGGCAUUUUAUUACAGGCAAGUCUUUGAAAAAUAUUAUCCUAAUCAAGGAGAGAGUUUCACACCUUACUUUUGGAUGCCACGAUGGGUAAAAAAUAUCAGUGAUCCAUCAGCACGAUUUAUCAAACAUUAUGCUGCUGAAAAAAAAUGAAAUAAAAUGGUGAAGUGCACAAUUUUAGAAAAUAUAUUCAUUUAAGAGUCUCAAACGUGUUGUGUCUUUGGCACUGAUCAUAUAAUUGAUCUUUAAUUACAAAAAUAUAAUAUCAUUAAAUAUUAAAUUUUUUUUAAUACAAAAUUAUCAACAUUCUUUUGUAAAACAUGACUAAAUUCAAAAUACUUCAAUCAUUUAUUGUGUUGGUACGAAGGAAAUUUGCAGAAAUAAACAAGAAAUGUAAACAAACGUUUAAAUUCCAUUGAUAUAGUAGUAUCAAAUGUUUAUUGAAUGAAUAAAGAUGAUUAUUUAAAAA